AUGACCGUUAUCACGAACCCCCCCAUCACUGCGGAGGUGCUGUUUGACCAAAUAUCCGAAUCAUACGAAGAUGCGUAUGGCGACAACGUUGGACUGAACACGGCCUUUGCCAGGCUAAAUGAAUACCACGAGCCUGGCUCAUCAGUCCUCGAUGUCGGUUGCGGCCCUGGAGGGCCUGCAUCCCGUCUGGCCAAAGCGGGCUUCAAUGUUACUGGCAUCGACGUCUCGCAAAAGAUGAUCGACUUUUGCCAGAAGAAUUUCCCAGGAACCUUUCACAAGGCUGACAUGACAACAUAUGAUCCAUCUCAGCAGUUUGACGCUGUUGUUUCACUCUUCAACCUGUUUCAGGCAUCAUAUACCACGACAUACUCAAUGGUGUUCAAAAUGGCAUCCUGGCUCCGUCCCGGCGGCACUUUCAUUCUGGGAACGAUCGCUGCGGAGGACUACACCCAAGAUAAAGCUGCUCUGAGAACCGCCCGGCAAAAUCAGUAUAUUGAGAACUUCGACGCCGAGUUCAUGGGGCGAGUCAUCCCCGUCACGUUCCUCACUAUGAGCGGGUGGUUGAGCAUUGUGCAGCAGGCAGGCCUCUUCAUCCAGAUUGUCGACCACUGUGGGUUCGAAAUCAAGGGCUGUGGGCGCAGAGAGAAACAUUUGUUCAUCACCGCCAGGAAGCUAAACUUGGAACCGCUCUUCGGGCCGUACCCUCUGCCUACCUUCCGAAGGCGUCCACACCUCCUGAGCGAGGGAGCAUGGAAGCCCUUUGCGGAGCGACUUACACGCCAUGAAUUUGAUGCCGUGCUUAAGGCUGUUGAGUCGAAUAAAGAGGUCCUUGAUAUUGGCAGUGGCCAUGGUGUAGCAAUCGCUAAGCAGCUAGGCAAAGCAUACGCCAUUGAGCCAAACGGCGAUAGAAACGAGCUUCUUGUCAGCAACAGCGCACAAUCGAGCGUUGAAAUCCGCCAGGGAACGGCUGAGAAACUGCCUUUCGAAGACAACAAAUUCGACGCCGCCGUAGCUCUCUGGAUCCUGCACUACGUCGACGACCUGGAGCAGUCGCUCGCCGAAAUGGCCCGCGUGGUAGAUCCCACCGCUCCCAACGCUCGCAUCGUCAUCGUCCAGGGAGCGCCAGACAACGAGGUCGUCAACCUCAUCAACAAGGCUUGCGCCUCCAUCGCGCAGGAGGGAAUGCUGCCCGGGGAGUCUGCCAUCGACCACCAGGGCUUCCUGCUCGCCACAGCAGCCAGAGUCUUCACCCGGCAUGGCUUUGGUGACGUCUCCGUCGCCCGGGUCGAUGCACACUGCAAUUUCCCGGAAGACGACCUUUCUGUCCGCUGCAGCAAAGCGACGGACGUCCUGACGGAUUUCUGGUACAAGGACCAUCCGAGGAACGGCGACAUGAAGGAGGCCUUCCCGCCCAUCUUGCGGGAGCAUUUUGCAAGUAGGCCACUAGAGGUUGGCGACCAGGCUGUUAUCUUAAUCGCGAAGCCAACUUCUCACAGUAGAUAG